AUGCCGGGGGAAAAGACUACACCAGCUGUGAACCCUACUCCACCCCCGGCUCAGUCCCAAGCACCCAGGGACAAGAGGAGAUGGGAAGGACCACGAGCUCAACCUGAUCCUAAGAAGGGAGGGUAUGGACCAAGCAGGCCACAAUAUGGUGGAUACCAGACUACCCCUGGAUCUUUCAGGGGGAACAUGUCAAAAACCAGUCCGUGUCCUAGAUGCAAUAGGCUGCAUGGCGGCAUCUGCAAGGCAGGAGCUGAUACUUGCUUCAACUGCGGAGGAGCUGGACAUUUUGCGAAGAACUGCCCAAGCAGAACCCAGGGACGGGAGCAAAAACUUCACCCGUCAGCUCAGCGCCCACAACUGCGCGCAAUGAAUGUUCAACCUGGAUCAAAUUCACAGCAGACACCAAGGAAUCAGCAGCAGAGGCCGAAACUCCCAACACAGGCUCGAGCUUAUGCGAUGAGACAGAAGCAGCCAGAGGUGAACCAGGGAAAUUUGGCAGGUAUGGGUAAGCUUUUCAACACACCCGUUAUGCUUCUGUUUGAUACUGGUGCCUCGCAUUCUUUUAUAUCUGCUCAUUGCGUGACUACUUUGAAACUCGAGACUAAAGAAUCUGAACAUGGGAUGGAAGUAGUUUCCCCAGUAGGAGGACGGAUAGAAAUAUCUCGUACUUGCUCGAGCUUAGAAUCACUCUGGUGA